AGAAAACUUACUUCAACGAUCAAUUUUGAUAUCGACGGAAUAAUGCUUUGUAGUUUCAUUUUUUGUCACCAGUACCUGGCCUGGACCGACUCAUGCUCCAUCUUUCUAGAACUUUUCCAACACAGUAAACGUUUGGCAGCCACAUGUGUAGAAGAAUCUACGAAGAUGUCGAAAAAUUCGGAUGACAACAUUGUCGCUAUAAAGUCGAUGGCUCUGGCUAUACCACCAGAUUCUCCGAAGAAGCCCGUGAAAUCAACUGCAGUGGUGAAAUACUCUGCAGUCCAAACACCAGCAACGUACGCUCAAUUGCAAUGUAACACAGACUUGAACCUUCCGCCCAGUAACUGGCUCAGCAGCUCGGCCGAAAGUUACGGUCUGCAAAAUGUUUGGUCCCAAAGUACAGGGUUUUCUAGCUUUCGCAUGGCGCACAUGUUUCCUGAUUGCGUCGGCGAAGUGGAUGUAGUGUCGGACGCUGAGAAUAUAAAGAAAUUACUUAAAUUGCCUUACAAUCACAAUGCAAUUUCGAUGAUGGUGCAUCGGAUCGAAAACACAUUGUUGUUAGAUGACUUUGACAUUCACAAGUACCUACUGAGACAGGCUGAAAGUGACUGGGAAUGGCUGAAAAAGUUUUUCUACGAGCAUAUUUUCCAAAGUCUCGGCGACAAGGAAAAACGUCUCUUUCAUAAGGCAUACAGCAGAAACAGUUUGCAGCAAAGGAACUUAGUAUCAAAGUUUCUAUAUCAUUCUAUAGUGCUAGCGGAUAAAAAUAAGCAGAGUGAAAAACCUCAGUUACCUGUGAAGACCGUAGAGCCGUGUCUACCUGAGCCGACGCAAGAGGAGAAAGUGCCUGAUCCGAAUUACAAUCAUAAUUUUGCGAGGAACAUUGUAUGGACAUUUGAGAAUAUACAGAUGCUUGUUGGAACGGAUAUGCCGAUAUUUGGUGGUCAGACACAUCCCUGCAUAAGUCUACGACUAAGAGAUAUGACAAAGCCUAUCAAUGUUUUAACAGGGAUAGAUUAUUGGCUAGACAAUUUAAUGUGCAACGUUCCAGAAGUCGUGAUGUGUUAUCAUUUAAAUGGUAUUGUACAAAAAUAUGAACUAAUAAAAACAGAAGAUCUUCCAAAUUUAGAUAAUUCAAAGUUCAGUCCUAAAGUGAUUCGAGACGUUGCUCAAAACAUCUUGAGCUUUCUAAAAAACAAUGCAACGAAAGCUGGUCACACCUAUUGGUUAUUCAAGGGUAAGGAUGAUGAUGUUGUGAAGCUGUAUGAUUUGACAUCUUUGUGCAACGAUGUUUCAGAAGAGAAGGGACAAAAUCCCUUCACUGUACCUGUUGCAAUGUUGUUAUACAGAGUAGCUCGCAACAUGAAAUAUUCUCCCGAUUGCCAUCGUCAACAGGGUACAAUCAGGAUGUUACUGAAAAAUUGUGUAGAGUUGUUGCCUAAAGAGAAAUAUCCGCAGAUAGUUACAUCCGCGCAUUUUAUGCUUUCGGAUUUAUAUGUACCAUCGGAUACGGAUCCAGCGAGUCCAGGGUUAUCGGAUCAAAGCGACGAAGAAGACGUUCAUAGCGAGUGUGGCACGGGUCAGGAAAACGAAAAGGAGGAGGAAGAGGAAGAAGCUUGCGCUAUCAAGUCUUUGACUUUAGCCAACAUGAAAGAGCAAGUGGAACGUGAGCAGUUAAAGUACAAGGCACCUCCAAUGUCUGGUACUAUAGAAGAGAGAUGUCUCUCUGGAUUAGAACACGUGACGCACGGACUCGAAUGUCUUCAGUAUUUCCCGACCAAUGACAACGACGAGGAGCAGAGGAAAGCGGAGGAGGAAAAAGAAAAACGUAAAUACGAGGAGAUGCAUCCGAAUGUAGCGAAACCUUUCCAAGCGAUUCCCAUGCCUUACGCCCCAUUGAAUCAACAAGAUAAAGAUGCCACGUCCGAAAAAAGUUCAGAGAAUCAUAGUCCCGCGCAUAAAAAGAAAAACAAACAGAGGAAGAAGAAGAGUGAGAAAAAUAUUAGUUCUUCGAAGAAAGAAGUAGCGAAUGUAAACACUUUGUGUAAAACGGAGACAUUGCCAACGUGGCAAGCGCCGAAGAAAAGCGACAAUAGAAGCUGGUGCGCUCAUUUGAAAACAUUAUUAUAUGAAAAAGCGUCCUUGAUAUUCGCCGUGCUCGCCGAGAAAGAAUAUGUAAAUAAAAAUUACGGUGCCUCCUUGAGAUAUAUGCUAGAAGUUUUGUAUUGCCAAAAGAUAUUGGAAAUAUUCUGUAAUCAAAGAAACGACAAGUCGCUCAGUUAUUUAUUAGGUCGCGCGGGGGAUUGUUGCUUUAUGAUGGUACAAGACUGGUGUAACGUGGAGAAGCAUCGAAAAGAUUACGAUACGAAGAACGAAGUGGAGGAAAAAGUAGUUGAAGAACUGUUCAGCGUGGAAGAUUUGGAUAUGAAUGGUGCUGAAUUAUUGCCGAAGAGAUUAGAAAGUCUAGAAUCUACUUUAGUUUCAUCGUAUAAAUGUUACGAAAAAGCUCUGUCGUUGGAACUGAUGGAUAUGGAUAAAAAUAACUUGUUGAGACGGCUAGGGAAUAUUCAUAAUGAGCUGGGUGUCCUUUACAUGAAUCAAGCGGGAUCUCGAUAUCAGCAAGAGAGUCAAACCAACGAAUUGUCCAAUUUACCGGAUGUGACCAUGCUUCUGACGCAUUCGUUGACUCACUUGGAAUCUGGUGUUAAAGCCUUCGAAGCUGUCCAUGACGAGGCGAAUCUGGCGCUUUUGCACUCCAAUACCGGCCGACUUAUGCGACUCUGCGCGCAUAUGCAUGGCAAACAAAACACGAAGGAGCGUCAUUUUUAUAACAAGGCACUCGUGAGCUAUCAGAAAGCUCUGCAAGUCUUGGGCGAUAGACAAACGAAUCCAGCGAUAUGGGAUACGAUCAUGUGGGAUUUCUCAACAACGUUGUACACAAAAGCCACGCUGUUACAGGAUUAUCCUACGGCUGAAUAUCAUAAUGAAGAGGAAUUGGAGAGAGAAGUGGUUGAAACUCUCCAGAAAGCACUCAAGCAUUGUGAUAUAGACACACCGGGCUCACGUCAGCCAGUUUAUCAAUUCCGCGCCGCGACCAUUCAACAUCGAUUGGCUUCGUUAUACCAUCGCGUGUACAGAGAAAUGGAAUCGGAUGCGGAUAGCAGCAAGAAAAAGACGAAUUUGCAGUUGUGCAAAUUGUAUUACGAUAAAGCGGCGAAGCUGUUGCUCUCGUUAGAACAGAGCACGGAAUAUUUGACGGUUCAAAUGGAAAGAGUCGCCCUAGCGGAAUAUCAAGCGCGUAAUGGUACUACCUUCAACAGUAAGCUAAAAGCAUACCAAAACGGUCUGGAACUAAUUUUACAGUGUAUACCUAUUAUGGAAAUGCUGUGCGAACGAAAUAAUACGACGAGACAAAAGGUAGUCGACAAAACAGAAGAUGAUAACAUUGAACGUGAAAAAGAGACUGAAGAACAAAAGUUAAUGGAUGAUGAAGAAAACCUCGUAGUUCUGUUGGAACAAAGAUUACAGUUCCUUCUACGAUCGUUAACCAAGCUGUUUCUGAGCAAAAGUCCCGUGCACAAUAAAAAAGAACAUGAGACACUUGCAAAUCUGUACAAACAGUGCUACGUCCGAACAUUACGACCAGACACAAUGUCCGGAUUUACUUUAGUAAAACACAUGACACAACUUUUACAAGAACUCAAUAAUAUGUUGAAACAAACGGUAACUUAGUUAAAGUGUAAAUAAAUACCGUGUACAGUUAGUGACUUCAAAAAAUGUAAAUAUGAUAUAAGGCAGUCCCUAGACGCUGAAUAUUGCUGCACGAUAUUAUUGAUCGUCUCGAAAGUAACUGAGUUGUUUUGAAUUGUCUAGAACCAGAGUUUCCCAGAUUUAUGAGAAUCGCGACCUAUUUUUUAAAACGACAAACAUCUACGACCCAUCUAGCUUUAAUGGAUAUGAAAAAUGAUUAUGUAUAAAUUUAGUUUAUACAACUUUUAUUUUUUUAUUCAAUAUAAUUUUAUAAAUUUAGUUCUCUAAUACAGAACGAGAUAUGAUGAUGAAAAAAAUGCGCUUUUUACUCAUUUCUGAUGGUAGUUUGAUGAUUCGAUUGAAAUCAUUGCGAUGCGCAAGAAAUCUGAUAAUUACAGUUUAUUUCAAAGUUUAGUUGAUUCCUACCAUCGUCGAAAAAUUUUUUGCGAUCUAUAUUUUGGGAAUCCCUAAUCUAGAAAUAUAUUAUAAUAUUGUUGAUCGUUUAGGGACCACUCAAGAGUUGUUUUUCAAAAAGAUCAGCAGAUCUGUUUUUUAAUCUGUUAAAAAUACACAAUGUUUGUAUAUGGAGAGAAUAAAGAACAACGUUUGUGAUAUCAGAUAGUGACAAAACCGUUGAAAACGAUCCUUUAUCUCAUCGAAUACUGAAAACCAGUUUUAUUUUAAUAUGUAAAUCUAGUGUGAAAUCAAAGCAUACAUGAGGAUAGGAUCGAACACAAAACUCGUCAAUUACAAGCGACUAUUCUCGUACGCAGUCACGCGUCACCCGAAACCUUCAAUAAAUUAAUAUUAGAUUUUUCC